AGGAAUUGUUCAGGCAGAGACCGCCCAAAUAGAAAACACAUGCUAUUUCCCCUCCGCCUGACCAACUUGGCAUUCGGAGUCCAAGUUCACAGGAGAGGGGGUGGGCCUCUCCUCUCCGGGGCAGGAACUGGAGUCAGAGGCUUUCUCUGCAACGGGUUCAGAGACAAGAGCAGUAGGAAUGCCCUGCAGCGCCUGGGUUUCUGAAGCGUCUCCCUUGGAAAAGUCCGACCGCCGCUCGCCCUCACCCCUGCAAGAAUCCGGAUGCAGACCAAGUUCAGCAGCACGCGGGACAUGCUGGAUGCCGAUGGAGACACCACCAUGAGCUUGCAUCCUCGAACCUCUACCACAACCCAGCGGCCAGAGCCUGGCCCCCCAGAGCACCAGCCUCCCUCUUCUGCUUGGCGUCCCGUGGCCCUGACCCUGCUGACUCUGUGUUUGGUGCUGCUGAUUGGCCUGACAGCUCUGGGGCUUGUGUUUUUUCAGUUCUACCAGCUCUCCAACACUCAGCAAGACAGCAUUUCUCAAAAGGAAGAAAGGUUGGGGAAUCUCUCCCAACAGCUGCAAUCUCUCCAAACCCAGAACAGGAAGCUUGCAGAAACUCUCCACCAUGUGGCUGAAAAACUCUGUCGUGAGCUCUAUAACAAAACUGGAGAGCACAGAUGCAGCCCUUGUCCAGAAAAAUGGAAGUGGCAUGGGGACAAGUGCUACCAAUUCUAUAAAGAAAGCAAGAGUUGGCAGGGCUGUGAAUAUUUCUGCAUUGCCGAGAACUCAACCAUGCUGAAGAUAAACACACAAGAAGUUCUGGAGUUUGCCAUGCCUCAGAGCUACUCUGAGUUUUUCUACUCUUAUUGGACAGGGCUAUCCCGCAGUAGCAGCAGCAAAGCUUGGCUGUGGAUGGAUGGAGCCCCUUACUCCUCUGAACUGUUUGAGAUUAUAAUAGACAUCACCAGCCUAAGAAACAGGGACUGCGUGACCAUCCUCAAUGGAAAGGCUUUCUCCAAAGACUGCAGGGAGUUGAGGCGGUGUGCAUGCGAAAGAACGGCGGCUGCAGUGAAGCUGCAGAGGCUCUAGGAGCCUCUCUGAGCUGGGACGUGGGGCGGAUGAUUCCCCAGCAACAGCCACAACUGCAAGCUCCCUUCAGAGAAACUGAAGAUUUUGUUUUGCGGAACAAAAUUCCAUCUCUUUGGGUGCACCUGGUGAUCUCAGUUCUUAUUUUCUUCCAUUGAAUCCCUGUUUAUACCUUCCAGGUACUGACUAUUUAAUAAUAAUAAAUGUAACUAAUGUGAA